GGGGGAGACCCGCUGGUCCUGGUGCCAGACGCUGCCGGAGGGAGGAACAUUGAGUGGGACAUUGAGUGGGACAUUGAGUGGAUCAGUGAGUGGAUCGGUGAGUGGAAUAUUGAGUGGAACAUUGAGUGGAACAUUGAGUGUGUCCAGUACCCACUGUGCCAAUCCCAGUCCAGCGACCUCCCACUAUCUGCCGACUGGCAAGAUGACUUCUGCAGUGAAGGUCUAUUACAGUCAGACCACCCAAACAGAUAGUCGCCCUCUAAUUGGCUCAAGCCUAAGAAGGAGGAGGGUCAUGACCAAGGAUGGGAGGAGCAAUGUCCGCAUGGACCACAUCACAGACAAAGGGUUCCUCUACCUCAAGGACUUGUGGACAACAUUCAUUGACAUGCAGUGGAGGUACAAGCUGCUCCUGUUCUCUGCAACCUUUGCUGGGACAUGGUUUAUUUUUGGGGUCAUUUGGUACUUGGUGGCUCUGGUGCAUGGUGACGUCUUAGAAUUUAAUGCUCCGGCCAACCACACCCCAUGUGUCAUGCAAGUGCACACGCUCACUGGCGCUUUCCUCUUCUCAUUGGAAUCUCAGACAACUAUAGGCUACGGAUUCCGUUACAUCAGCGAGGAAUGUCCCUACGCUAUUAUUCUCCUCAUUACUCAGCUGGUCCUCACCACCAUCAUGGAGAUCUUUAUCACAGGAACAUUCUUGGCCAAAAUUGCCCGUCCCAAAAAAAGGGCAGAAACCAUCAAAUUCAGCCAGAAUGCAGUGGUGUCCCAGCACGAGGGCAAGUUGUGCCUAAUGAUUCGGGUGGCCAAUAUGAGGAAGAGUCUGCUGAUUGGCUGCCAGGUGACAGGAAAGCUCUUGCAGACCCACCUCACUAAAGAAGGUGAGAAUGUCCAUCUCAAUCAGAUCAAUGUGGACUUCCAGGUGGACACUUCCUCAGACAGCCCCUUUCUCAUCCUGCCACUCACCUUCUACCACAUUAUUGAUGAGUCCAGCCCCCUGAGGGACGUGGCCCUUCGCUCAGGAGAAGGGGACUUUGAGCUGGUGGUGAUUCUCAGUGGCACCGUGGAACCAACUAGUGCGACUUGCCAAGUGCGGACAUCAUACCUCCCUGAGGAGAUCUUGUGGGGCCAUGAGUUCAGCCCAGUGAUUUCAGUCUCCUCCAGUGGGAAAUAUGUGGCUGACUUUAGUCUGUUUGACCAAGUGCUGAAAGUGUCCCCUCCAUGCUGCAUCCAUGAGACAGUACGAUUUGGGGAUUCAGAGAAGCUCAAGCUGGAAGAGUCUUUUAAGGAUAAACCUCAGAAAGAGGGGAGCCCCCUCAGCGUGAGAAUCAGCAAUGUUUGAUCUCCAGGAUUAGCUAAUUAUUACUACUAUCAUGUUUUCCUCUACAGUAGGUACCUGGCUAUCCCCAUAAGGGGCCCUAUAACUCCUAGGAAAUAGUUAUGAAACCCACCACUUGAAUGUUCCAGAAGGUCACUGGCCAUUCUCAUGGGUAUUGCAGAGGAAGGCUCUAUAUUACACUGGGCAUUUAUUUUAGGUUUAGGGGGGGCUUCUUGCCUUGAUCUUGAACUCUACUAUUUAAGGGAACUGGUGGACAUCACUGUGUGGACUAGAGGCACUACAAUUGACAACAAGAAUGUAUUGAUUCUUUUACUGAGAUCCAAACACCACCAUACCCCAUUAUCCCCUGACUCUAACCCGACUUUAGUCUUGACUCCGCCCAGCACCAAUCAUUUUGCUUCUUCCCCAGACUGUUGAGCCAACUCUUUGCUUGGCACCUCUUCUAAACUCUAUGGCCUUCUUGCUCAUUAGCUUCACACGAGUGCCUGUUCCAUUGACAUAAAUGUAAUUGGGGCACCCCAGGUUUUACAAAUUGAAGAUGCUGAGGUGUGUCAGGUUCACUCAAAUGGCAGUGACUGGUGUAGAGAUCACCCCUUAUCUCAGAACAUACUUAGAAACUCUCAACCCAAACCCUGUGGAGUCAAGGAAUAUGGGUCAUGGGCAUUAAGAGGUUGGCAUGCUGCUAGAACCAGUCCCUGAUUUGUUGUACAGGAGAGGGGGGCACAGAGGCCUUAAUCAGGACAAGAUACUUGAGCAGAGGACAUUUCUUCAUACGAUUUGCAGAAAUUAGAAAUAGUCCAGGAAUCAGCAGUACUUAGUCUUCAGUCACCCUUUAUUAGUGUAUUCCCACUCACAACAUGUUUCGGGAGCUGGUCCCUUUUUGAACUUGAAAAUACAGCAAUAAAGUCUGAUUGCAGAGUAAGUGCUGCUGGUUCCUGGUCUGUUUCUUAUUUCUACAAAUCGAAUGUUUAUCACAUGACGGAUGGUGAAACAGCAGGUCUACAAGUAUCGGGUUUUUUUCACUCAUCCUUCUCUGAUUAAGACAUUUCUUCAUAUCAUGUUGUACAUCACACUGGAUGAUAAGAGCUGGGGAACCAGUAACUUGUGAUUUCUAUGAUACAUUUUGUACUAACGUUGCACCUUAAAUAACAAUACUAUAUAUAUAUAUAUAUAUAUAUAUACGAACCCUA